AACACUACAGUGUCAUGUAGAUGCACAGCUAACAAACCAACUCGUUUAAAUCUUUCUUUUCUACAGAGUGUUAGCUAAUAAUUUUGCCAGAUGGCUACAGUAGUGGCACAGUCUCAUUAUAUAUUUGGAUUGCGAACAGGAGUGAGGAAUAAUUUGUUGUAUUUUGAUGAGCAAACCGUCAUAUUUCCGUGUGGAAACAACUGUGUGCGCUAUAACAUUAAUCAGAAAUGGCAGAAGUUUAUUCCAGGUACAGAGAGGAGUCAGGGCAUGCAGGCUUUGGCCAUCAGCACAAACCGGCGUUAUCUGGCUGUGUCUGAAUGUGUAGAGAAAGCCACCAUCACUGUGUAUGAUCUCCAGCACGAGCAGAGCAGGAAAAGGAAAGUGUUAACUGGAGGAGAUAUCUCAGUGGACGAGUUUGUCUGCAUGGCCUUUUCCCCAGACUCCAAGUAUCUGAUCGGUCAGGCAGGUGGACCAGACUGGACUCUCUUCCUCUGGAUGUGGGAAAAGAAGAAGGUGAUGGCCACUGUGAAGACGAGCACUGAUGGCCCCAUACACCAGGUUAGCUUCAACCCUGAGGACAACACACAGAUUUGUGUGAGUGGCAAUGGGGUGUUCAAGAUCUUUCGCUAUGCUGGAGAAACCCUGAAACAGUCCAACAUAUUUAAAACAGACACCCAUAACUUCCUGUGCCACACCUGGAUGUCCACGGAGCAGGUGAUUGCUGGCACAGACGCAGGUCAGCUAAUGAUGUUUGAGGCAGGCCGCCUGCGCUGGGAGAUGAAUGUGACGUCUGUGCAGAAGAUUGACAGUCAGUCAGAAAAGCAGGACUCAAAGGAGACCUCCUCCACACUUCCGCGAGUGACAGCCAUUGUAGGUUAUUCUAAUGGCUUCGCUUGCUCCGCUGGUCCUGGCACUGUGUGUUUGUUUGAGAAAAUAGAGGAGGAAGACCAGUAUAAGAAGACCAAAGAAAUAAAGAUUCCUCCAGAACUGUUCAGCAAUGAUCCCAGUUCUGCAGAGCAGCAGGAAAUCAGCACUCUGUGCAUCAGUCCAUCAGAAGAGACCCUGGCCGCCAGCACAGACCGCGGGCAGCUCUACGACAUCAAUCUCUCUCUAGCCGAGUACAACAAGGGAGCUUGUGUUCAGUUUAAGCGCCUGUCUCACUCGUCCCACUCCAGCGUUAUCACAGGUUUAUCCACCUGCAUCCGCAAACCGCUCAUUGCCACCUGUUCCAUGGACCGCUCAGUGCGCAUCUGGAACUUUGAGACCAAUGUUUUAGAGAUGUACAAGGAGUUCCAGGAGGAAGCCUACAGCGUAGCUCUUCACCCCACUGGACUCUACAUCCUGGUGGGAUUUUCAGACAAACUCCGUCUCAUGACUCUACUCAUUGAUGACAUUAGGAUUUUUAAGGAGUUCAAUGUACGCGGUUGCCGUGAGUGUGCGUACACAGGGGGCCACUUGUUUGCUGCUGUCAAUGGAAACGUGAUCAACAUCUACUCCACUACCACAUUUGAGGAUGUCCUGAAUCUGAAGGGACACAAUGAAAAAGUGCGGGCCAUUGCGUUCAGUGCAGACGACAGUCGUCUUGUGUCAUGUGGCAUGGACGGGGCCGUGUACGAGUGGAAUACUCUCACCGGUAAGCGAGAGUCUGAGAGCGUCCUCAAGACAUGCAGCUACACAGGAGUGACCAUCUCUUCUGACUCAAAGACAUUCUUCGCUGUCGGGACAGACUGCUCUCUGAAAGAAAUCCAAGACUGUCAGAUCCUUAAGGAAGUGCGUACAGGUGAUGUGGUUUGCACCACUGUUGCCAUGUCCCGUUCAGGACGAGCUCUCUUCGUUGGAACCUCCACUGGGACUGUGAGGGCCAUCAAAUACCCUCUUCCCAUCCAGAAUGACUGGAUAGAGUACCAGGCCCACGCUGGCCCUGUUACUAAGAUGGUUAUCACUUUUGAUGACCAGUUCCUCAUAACUGUCUCAGAAGACAGCAGUCUUUUUAUCUGGAAAAUCAUUGACAAAGAGGGUCAGGGGUUGAAAAGAGAGAAGGAACUAAGAUAUGCCGAAGAAAUCCUCAUCACCAAAUCAGACCUUGAGGAAAAGAAUAAAUUAAUGCUGGACCUGAACGCAAGAGUGAUGGAGCUCCAGAAGGAAAACAAGUACCAGCUCAGCCUCAGGGACAUUGAAUACAAGGAGAAGAUCAAUGAACUCACUGAAAAAUGUACCCAACAGAUCAAUUCACUAAAUGCUGAGAAAGAGGUCCUGAAAGCAGAGAAAGAGAAACAGCAAGCAGUCCAUGUUAAAGCUCUCUCAGAAGUCUUAGAGAAACAUGAUAAAGAGCAGCAAGACAUGGAGUCGACCAAUAACCAGAAGCUCAUGCUGGAAUAUGAGAAAUACCAGGAGCUACAACUGAAGCUUCAUAAAGUUCAGCAGGAAUAUGAGCAGCAGCUGCACAGUGUUGAGGAGAGCAAGACCCGAGCCCUGGAGGAGAUGAUGCAGUCUUAUGAGGCAAAGCUGGAAGAAAAGAUUACACUGAUCACCCAGAAUCAGGAGGAAUCCCAGCAGAAGGUUCGGGAGUUUGAGGAAUACAUAAAGCAGGAGGAAGAGGACGCAGAUAUGGAAAUCCAUGAGAUCCGCAUGAAAUACGAGCAAAAUCUUAAAGAAGAAAAAAAGGCCAACACUAGGCUCAAAGUGGAAUUAGAUACCACAACAAAGCAGUUUCACGUCCUGCAGAGAGAAAUUGAAAACAGGAACUUGGAGAUUGAGAAGCUGAAGCAGGAAGUGCAGAAGCUGCAGUCUGUCAUCAAAGCACUAGAGAACGACAUCACUGGGCUAAAGAUCGCAAUUCAAAAGAGAGAUGGGAUCAUACAAGACAAGGAAAAGAGCAUCUAUGAGCUGAAAAAGAAGAAUGACACAUUUAACAAAACAAUUGAAGUCAUGGAGUUCAGGGCUGAAUAUAUGGAAGAGCAGAUUGAGCCAAAAGAGAAAGAAAUCCAGGAGCUGAAGGAGCAGAUGCUGGAGAUGGAGGGAGAGUUGAAGGAGUUCCAUAAGACGAACACACAACUGGAGCUGAAAACUGCUGAACUGACCUUAAAAUUAAAAACCAAAGACAAAGAAAUGCACAAAGAAAUGAGGAAGGUGCAGGACAUUGGGGUUUUGGUACAGAGAUUUAAAGCUGACCUUCACACAUGUGUGGAAUGCAUACAGGACCCAAAAAGAUUAAAGGAAAACAUUAGAGAGCUCUAUAAAUGCUACGUUCAGCCAUCUGAUGUGGUUGAGAAAGUGGUGGUGGACACAGAUAUCCAGAGGGAAAACCACAGACAGAGGGAGCACUAUGAGAAGAUUAUCACAACACUGAAGAACCAACUCACUAGGGACACAAAUGUCUUCCAGGCCAACAAUACAAAGCUCAUGAAGGACAACGUCAUUCUUAUGAAAGAGAUCAAUGAUUUGCGUCAGGAGCUGCGCACAGUCCGUAUGCAGCUGCACAACUAUGAAAGUCAAAGCAGCUUUAACAAGAACAUCAAGAGCUCUGCUAACACGAGAGGUGCAGCUUCAGCAGGGAGGAACGGUUUGAUGUCGCAGCAGAGUCUAGAAGAAGCUGAGAAGAUCAUCCAGUUUCAGCGCCUGGAGAUCCAGAGACUCAAACAGGAGAUGAACGGCCAUACACCCUCAUCCAGAACCAAACUACCACCACUCACCAACUGAAUGUACUUCUUGUCUUCCACACUUGAAUAAAACAUCAAACAUA